AUGGAGCCGUACACGUGGCAAAUAGUAGCAACAGAAAUAAACACCUUAAAACGGAAUACUCGAGAAGGGAAGGUGUGAAUCGUGAUUACCAUCCAACAAUGUUUUUAUUUUGAGUUGAAACAGACAGAGUUACCAAUGGCUCUGGAGGCAUGGUUCAUGGAUGAGAGUCAUGAAGAUCAACAACUCCCUCAUCACCGUAACCCCAAACAGUUCGUGUCAUUGGACCACUUGGCAGAAUUAGGAGUGCUAUACUGGCGCUUGAAUCCAGAUGAUUACGAGAACGAUGAGGAAUUGCAGAAGAUCAGAGAAGCUAGAGGAUACAAUUACAUGGAUUUGCUUGAUUUGUGCCCAGAAAAAGUUGCUAACUAUGAGGAGAAGCUGAAGAACUUUUACACGGAGCACAUACAUGCUGAUGAGGAGAUACGCUACUGCUUAGAAGGAAGUGGAUAUUUCGAUGUUAGAGACAAAGAUGACCAGUGGAUUCGAAUCUGGAUUAAAGCUGGUGAUCUUAUAAUUUUGCCGGCUGGAAUAUACCAUCGGUUUACUCUUGACACCAGCAAUUAUGUUAAGUUGAUGAGGUUGUUUGUGGGAGAACCAGUAUGGACAGCAUACAAUCGGCCACAGGAAAAUCAUCCUGCAAGAAAGGAGUACAUCAAGGGUUUGACGGGGAAACUUGGAGUGCCACUAGAAGCUCAUUAGGAUUUUAAUGGCUGAAUAUUUCUGUCUUCUUAUGCACCUUAUUUAUGUUAUGUAUAUGCAUUUGGGACAUUGAUGAACUUGGAACUUAUAACAUAGCAUGUAAUGGUAAUAAUUAGUCUAUAAUGAUGAUAUAUUGUCGUAUCAUCUGUAUUACUUUGAAAUCUUUAAUGGUACAGGCAUAUUAUGUGCUAAUUAUGAGAUCCACAAUAAUAUAUCUGUUGAUGGGGAAGU